CUCCUGGAGCCCGAGCUGCGUAGGUUCCUCAGUAAAACCACCGUUUUGGCGGGAAAAACCCAGAUCUGGUUAGAGUUAGCCUUCCUGAGGUGUCAACGAGCUUUAAAGCGUGUCCUUUGUACCAUGGUGACCGUUUGGCCCGGAAGCAGGGAUCAGCAGUGUCAGUCAGGCGACCCAGCUCCCGGGGGUUAGGUUUCUAAUGAAGCUGAGCCAUGAAACUGUGACCAUUGAACUGAAGAAUGGGACGCAGGUGCAUGGAACUAUCACAGGGGUGGAUGUCAGUAUGAAUACGCAUCUCAAAGCAGUGAAAAUGACACUGAAGAACAGAGAACCCGUACAGCUGGAGACGCUGAGUAUUCGAGGGAAUAACAUCCGAUACUUCAUUCUGCCAGACAGUUUGCCGCUGGAUACUUUGCUUGUGGAUGUUGAACCGAAAGUCAAGUCCAAGAAAAGAGAAGCAGUUGCUGGCAGAGGCCGUGGCAGAGGCCGUGGGAGAGGCCGAGGUCGUGGAAGAGGAAGAGGGGGCCCAAGACGAUAACUUCUCACCAUGCAACUGUUACCAAAUUCUGGGCAAUUUUGGAUAUUUUUUUGUACAGGUCUUGUUUAUGGUAUCCAUUUUUAAUAAACUGAAAUGUGAAAAAGUUGUCUUUCCUUUGCUGGUGAAGGCUGGGGAGGGAGGCCUGUCCUAUUUCUAGAGGCUGUUGCAGGCUAAGUGUGUCUUGUUGGUGCUGGUUGUCUGUGUCAAGAUUCCACCUGCCCGUGAAGGCUGUACAGUUGCCUCUUGCUUUUUGCCCCAGAGCAAGAGACUUGUGUCGGUGUGCUUUAACAAUGUCUGUUUGAAAUUAAGACAUUUGCUGCCUUCUAAUGGUUAUGUAGUUAAGAUGCUAUAUUAAGAACCCUCAUCCCAUGAGUGUGUCGCUAAUGUCUUUCCUGCAGAGUGACCUCUUCAGAGUUCAUAGAUGGAAUUUUACUGUUUUCUAUUAGAUGAAGCUUACAAUUUAA